GUUGAAAACUUAGACCAAACAAUUCCAACCCGGACCUACAAGAAAUGGAAAGCCGAAACGAAAGACGCGGGGAGCUCCGCUGAACGGUCCAGCACCUUUCACACCUGCGUCAUUUGCUUGCAGACGUUGCAGGAAAGGGACACGGUCCGUCACUUGCCGUGCGGCCACAUCUUCCAUUCAAAUUGUAUCACGAAAUGGUUCCUGAAACAGCACGACACUUGUCCGGUUUGCAAACUUUGCUACAUGCCGCGCACAGCCAGCAGCUCGAGGGAAUCGUCUGUAGCCGAAAGACGCGAUCCAUCUAGGGUCAGAGAAUCCAGAGUCCCAUAA